AUGACUAUCUCUCAAUCCAGCGGCCAGUCCUCCGCUGCACAUGUCCCUCAAAGUUCUUCGCUAGAGGCAUCGCGCAAUGACGAUGCAGAUGUUUCCCACCCAUUGUCGACGAUAAUUCCCGGCCUAUGCAAUCUCACAACUAGCGCCAGGGCCGCAACGUGCGCAGAGCAGAAAAUGACUUUCAUCCAAGCCUUCUGUUUGUACCCCAAGGCCAUUCUUUGGUCCAUCCUCUUGUCGUCCACCAUCAUCAUGGAUGGGUAUGACAUGAGCCUCCUGACUAGCUUCUUCACCUUUCCCGUCUUCCAAAGAUCAUACGGGGACCUUGUGCCAGAUUCUCAGACAUCACAAGCGUCGUUACGAAUACAAUCACUCCGUGCAUGCUAA